UAUUUUUUUAACAGCUUGCUGGUGGUGCUAGCAUCGGGCUCUGUGUGGGAAUUGACUUGGGAUUGUGUUGUUGAGAGAAGUGGUGUCUUUUUGAGGAUACGAUACAGAGAGAGAAAGUCUUCCCCCACUCUCUCUCUCUCUAAAACCCAAAGCCUAUACAUACAUACGGACAUAUAUAUAUAUAUAGCUAUAGCGUAGGCAUCUGUAGUGGCAGCAGCAGCAGCAUUUGUGCGGUGCGCCGUUCGUGUGCUGCCAAAAUUCCCAAAAGGGCAUCCAUCACCUUCACCCAUCUUCUCACAAGUCACAGAUCUCAAGGCCCUCCGCCAUUUAUUAAACACCCCUUUGCUUCUCCAUUGCCAACACUGCCCUUCCAAUUUAUAAUAAUACACUUCACCCAGCCCAACAUUUUGCUUCUUCGUCUUCGUCUUCGUCUUCUUCCCCUUUCCUUACGCUUUAAACCAUUCCCCCAAGUCAAAGUGCAGAGAAUUUGGGUGGCUUCUCAUUGGAAUUGGACGGUGCUAUUGUUGGGAUUGGAUUGGAUUUCCUGUUUGCUUUUUUCCAACUGAUUCAAGAAAAGGAUCGGCGUUGAAGUUCCUUGCUGUUGGUUUGUUGGUCGGUUUCUGCAGCGAAACUCGGCCCGUGGUUUUGGGGGUUUGAGUCGUCGUCGUUGACAGUCUAUAAAAUGGGAUUGGGAUUGUGAUGGAGACUCAUUUUCGAAGUGUUUAAUGUGGCAAGAAAUAAUAACAAUGUCGAGCUCUGUGCAAGAAGAUGUCUUCUUCGAUUCUGCAGACUGCUUGUCUGAAGAGGAUUCGAUUUGUGUUGAUUCAUCUUACCAUGUUUGGCUGAAGGAGCCACAGAGUGUUCAUGAGAGAAGGGACAGUUUCUUAUCCGCAAUGGGGUUUAUCGAUCGCCUCAUUCCUGCCGAGGAAUCCAUAAUCGAAGAAAGCAACAAUUUGCUGUCCGAACGGCGCAAUUCCAACAGCCAAGCGAAUUGUUCAGCUGACUGUAAUUGGGACAGGGAUUGGUCGGAAAACAGAGGUGUUGAUCAUGUUCAGGCUGGAUCGAAUUCGAACAUCGUCGCCGAUCAGCUGCAAGAGAUGAAGCAGACAGAUACUACGACCUCCAAGAAAGCCGUUAAUUGGUGGAGACAAUUUAAGCCGUCGAUGAAGAAAAACAGCCGCCGCCGGAAGGAGUCGAAAACAACAGGAUUCUCGAUACCCGUAAAGGUCGAUCAGAGCCACAAAAGAUUUGUCGAAUGUAGCGCUGUCUACACCGGACAGGAAUUCAAAGCUCAUGACGGCCUAAUUUGGACAAUGAAGUUCAGCCCCGACGGGCAAUAUCUCGCCACCGGGGGCGAGGACGGCAUCAUUUGCAUAUGGCGCGUAAAAACGGUGGAGGCUUCUUACAAUUCGGAUAAAUGCAUGUUUCGAAGCUUUAUCGAGUCCGAGAAUAAAAAACCCGGUCGUCGUCCAUCCAUUGUUAUCCCCGAAAGAAGUUUCUACAUCGAAGAGGAGCCUCUGCAUAAGCUACACGGCCAUGGCGCCGACGUCUUGGACCUGGCGUGGUCGAUGUCGAAUUGUCUGCUGUCGUCUUCGAUGGAUAAAACGGUUCGGUUCUGGCGAGUUGGCUCCGACGAAUGCCUCGGAGUUUUUCGCCAUAGUAAUUACGUAACAUGUGUUCAAUUCAAUCCUGUUGAUGAGAACUGCUUCAUCAGCGGCUGUAUCGACGGGAAAGUUCGAAUAUGGGGAAUUUGCAGUAAGCGAGUCGAAGAUUGGGUGAACAUGAAGGAGAUCGUCACUGCGAUAUGCUACCGGCCAAACGGAAAGGGUUUCAUCGCUGGCUCUGUUACGGGCGCCUGCUACUUCUACGGAUCAUCGGGCGAUAACGAGAUCCUUCUAAACGCCAAGACAAAUAUCCACGGAAGAAAAAAAUCAACGGGCUGCCGAGUGACCAGCAUUCAGUUUCUAAACAAUGACUCCCGGAGAGUAAUGGUGACUUCGGAGGACUCGAAGAUUCGCAUUCUCAAUGGCUUCGAGGUUGUCCAUAAGUAUAAAGGCUUGGCGAAGUCGGGCCGGCAAAGAUCAGCUUCGUUUACGUCGAGCGGCAGGCACAUCGUAUCGGUCGGGAACGACUCCCGUGUUUACAUUUGGAACCACGACGAGUUGUGCAUUAAGUCAUUGAAACAAGUGAAAUCGUCGCGUUCCUGCGAGCAUUUCUUUGCGGAGGGUGUAACCGUCGCAUUGCCGUGGUCGGGUUCAGAUGUCGGCGAGAACAACUCGAUGCAGAACGGUCGAGAACCGUCGUCGCCGUUACAUCUGCGGGAGUCAGAGCGUUUCUCCCUCGUGAGCUGGUUUUCCAUGGACAGCUCGACUCGGGCGACCACAACAUGGCCCGAAGAGAAACUUCCGCACUGCGAAUACGACUAUGACUGCCACCUGUCGACUGCCUGCGGCGAUCAUCUUCAUCUUCAUCGUCGUCACCAACAAGAAAGGAAGAUAGAUCGCAAUGCCUCCGGCAUUAUCGCAUCCAAGACAUGGGGCCUCGUUUUCGUGACGGGUGAUCGCGAUGGGACGAUCAAGACAUUCCAUAACUACGGCUUACCUGGGAGAGUUUAGGAGCUAUGUUCAUGUGGUUGUUCAAAUUGAAACAAGCAAACAAGCUACCAGAUUCUAGAUGAAAUGAU